AUGGCAUCCAGCGCUGCAAGUCAACGGACCGAAUCGGUUUCCUCCCACAGCUACAAGAAAUCCCUUUCAAGUAAAGCCGACCCCAAUGCCGCCCUGAGAGAAGAGCAGCCGAUUGCGAAUGCCAUCGGUGGUACAUCCUUAUUCUCGUUGCGAUCCAUGCAGCAUCGCGAUGCAAAGGGCGAGGUGAUCACCGACCCGGAUCGCUCCAACCCGACUCGCCCCCGAAUGGAACGACCGCUCGAUACCAUCCGUGGCUUUGAGGCGGCCAUUGAAGCUCGUCGACGAGAGAAUGCCAUGUGA